GGCUCGGCUGGCGCCCGUGAGGGGAGGCGCCUCAGGCUGCGGGGCCGGAGCCGCUUCGUGGCCGCCGCCGGAGGAAGACGCCGCCCCGGCCCGCCUCUCCGCCCGCCCGCCCGCCCGCCCGCGGCCGCCCCGGUGAGGAGCAAGAGGGGCCGGCGGGCCUGAGGGGAGCCCCUCGCCCCGUCCCGUCCCGUCCGCAGAAGUUUGGGCUGGGCCGACGCAGCCGCCAGGAACUCCUCGGCCCUUUCGACGGCGGGGCUUGGAAGCAGGGUUGCCAGCUCCAGGUCGGGGAAUUCCUGGAGGUUUAGGUGUCAGAGUAAAUGGGUUUGCAUGACAUUUCCCACAAACUCAGGCAGUUCCAUGUCUUGCUUGGACUGUUCCUGUAUUCUACGGACACGAGUUGAAUCCAUCGGAGCAGAAAAGCACUCGGAGGACAGCAGCAGUCAAGGCUUGACUGAUGAAUCGGCUGUAUUCUGGAGCCCGUCAUCUCAGAGAGGAGAUGAACGAAUAUCAUGGUCUGCUGAUGUAUCCCAUUACGAUCUCCAGGUGGAAAUAGGAAGGGGAUGCAACAACUUGACUUCGAUCUUCCUCGCCCGUCACCUCCCUACAGGGACACUGGUGGCCGUAAGGAUUACAGACCUGGAAAGAUGUUCUGAAGAGCACUUGAAAGCUUUGCAAAAUGAGGUCCUGUUAUCCCAUGCCUUUCGGCAUCCCAAUAUCAUGGCUCUGUGGGCGGUGUUCACGGCUGGAAGUUGGCUUUGGGUCAUUUCUCCUUUCAUGGCCUAUAGUUCAGCCAGUCAUCUGCUGAGGACUUAUUUCCCUGACGGCAUGAGCGAAGCCCUGAUAGGAAACAUCCUGUUUGGGGCCAUUAGUGGAUUAAACUACAUGCACCAGCAUGGCUAUAUUCACAGAAGUAUUAAAGCUAGCCACAUACUGAUUUCAGGGGAUGGCCUAGUUUAUCUGUCUGGCUUAAACCACCUUUACAGUUUAGUCAACAGUGGACAAAGGUUAAAAGCCGUAUAUGACUUCCCCCAGUUGAGUGCUUCAGUGCUACCUUGGCUGAGUCCUGAACUGCUGAGGCAGGAUAUAUAUGGAUAUAAUGUGAAGUCAGACAUAUAUAGUGUGGGGAUUACAGCAUGUGAACUAGCUAAUGGGCGCGUACCCUUUCAGGAUAUGCCUCGCACACAGAUGCUGCUGCAGAAACUUAAAGGUCCACCUUACUGUCCGUGGGGUCUAAAUUCUUUUCCACGUGGUGAAUCCAGAAUAAAAAAUUCCCGGUCGGGGAUUGACUCUGGAAUUGGUGAGAGCGUGACCCACCCAGCGACCGGCGAGAGGCUGCAGGCGCCGCCCAGAGCCCUUUCCCCUGCUUUCCAUCACUUGGUAGAGCUUUGCUUGCAGCAGGACCCUGAGAAAAGGCCUUCAGCAAGAGGUCUUCUGUCACACGCUUUUUUCAAGCAGGUCAAAGAACAAAGCAAAGGUUCGUUGCUUUCACUGUUGUCUCCUGCUAUCCAGCACACCCAGUCACAAAUACCAGCCGUACAUUCGUCAGCCAUCUGGAGUAAGUCUAAAUGUAUUUUGACUGAUGAGAGAGAGAGAUACUGGGAAUUCUAGAAUGGUUUAAGUCCCACUUCUGGCAUAUAUCUCCUGGAAAAAUGUGAUUUCUUUGCUGCUUUUCUUUUUAAAGGUUAAAAUAUAAAUAUCAGCAGUAUACUUGAAAACAUUCUAAAAAAAUGUACACGUCGUACUAUAAGGAUAAAUUGGAUUAUUCUUCCAAAGUGGUACUGUGAGAGUGCAAUUUCUUUCAUUGUUUAGUGGGCAGAAGUGCCUGCGCUCCCAACCGUUGCCUUUUCCCUCUUGUGGACUCCAGCGCAAUGACGCAUCCUUCAUGCUGGACCUUAGCUUACUAUAGUACUGAGAACAUGUCUGCAUUAUUUCCAGAGAUGCUGACAAAUCUUCAUUCCUUAAGCUCUGAGUACAAGCUCCGGGAGCUCAAAAAGCCCGUUGAGGUGAGCCUCACAGCUGUUGCAUUCUUCUUUGGCUUGGAUGGUAAAUCGGAGCUGGAGAAGGAUUCUCCCUUCUCUCUUCUGCCCCAUGCUACCAUAUCUGACCCAUUGAUGUAGAGCAAUCCCAUCAUGAUGAGAGCCAGCAGAAAGGAAUGAAAAUACUUCCAAUAUAUGUUCCCCCCCCCCUUCUGUCUCUACCCCACACCAUGUAUUCUGGGAUAGCCUAGAACGCCUGGUUGUUAAUGCCAGGUUCCCAGAUCAUACUUGGGGAGGAGGCAAAGGAAGUGCCUCCGAGUCACUCUGGCAACAUGGUUCCUAGAAUACCUGCUUGUUAACAGCAAGUAUUCUCAGAACUACAGUUCCUAAAACUGGAGAUGGGGGUGGGGAGGGGGAUGCAGAUGUUGCAAAUAUUUCCUGUCCUCUGUGCUGCUCCAUCUUGCUGUCCUGUUAUUCCCCAUCACAAUAUGGAAGGGGUGCCUAGAACCUCUUGGUCCUCUAGGACAUCACUGGGUGAACCGUGUGUUCCCAGCUCUUUGAGAGCUUAAAUUUCACCGCUAAGAAUCAGAAAGUUAAUUUUAUUCUUUAAAAAGCCCAGCUUGUGCGAGGUGUGGGGAGCUCACGUAGGUUCGGAAACUGCUGGCCUUAAUCGUGCUUUGAGUCUUAGUCAGAUUUUUUUCUCAUACAGUAAUAUCCAUAGUCAAGUCACCAUAUACACAACUAUUUUCUUUCAUGCCUCUUCUUAUUUACAAAAAGUGGUAAUGUGAGAGCAUCUGUCAGUUUUGAAGGCUUUUUUGCCAUCUGUAUUCUAACAGUUGCUGAAGUAGCUAUCACUGUGCCCUGAAAAUAGCUGUGAUUUGUUUUAAUGCAAGGUAUUAGCCCUCUUCACAAAAUCUAACCAAGGCAAAAUAAUUUCAUUUGUUACACAGUUGCAAAAACAAGAACCUGAAAUUACUUGAUUAUAUUCUUUAAAACUUUACUGGUCAAAACUCACACCUAGCUGGUCUUGAAGUAGGGAGUAUGUUGAACUGCAGAGUCUGUAGGACUUGUGUGUAUGGAAAGGAAACUGAAUAAAGAUGCAAGAAUGCCUCUUGAGCCACACAAACAGGCCAUCCUCUAAAACGCGCAACAGCACGUGGCUGUUAGACGCACCCUGCUCCACACACGUCCGAGAAGGCAGGAGGUCCAUACGGAAGGAGGAGCUUCGCCUUUCUGCCUCUGACUUUUUUGAUGUCCCUUUUGUUGAGAAGACGAGCCUCAAGAACAAAUAAGCAGCCACAGUGCAAGGCAGUGGAUUGCUCUCUGUUGUUCUUAUUUUAGUACUGUGAGUGACUGAAUAAAAUGGCUGUAACCAAAAUUUAUUGCUCUCGGUAUGGCAUAGGGAUUCAGAGGAGAGGCUUUUAAUACCACGAGGUAUUUACAAUUAUAUUUUAUUAUUGUAUAUUCUAUUUAAUCAUUGAAAAGAUCGUUAGCUUGAUUUUAUUUUGUGUAGCCGUUCAGAGUGUAAUCUUACGAAUUAUAUCAGAUAUGUGAUGCAAUAAAUAUCGCAUUAUUUUGACUAGGAAACUACUGAAAUAAAGUUGUGCAUUACCAAUCUCACUCCUACACGUGUAACUGGAAUAAAACGCACCCCUUAUUUAAA